CUCUCCGCCAACCAGGCCCAAUGCUCUGCCGACAACGCCGCCUGCAAGGGUGCUUGUGAGGAUGCAUACAACACCUGCAGAACCACUCGUGGCCCUGACGGCCUCUCUGCCAACAUGGCCCAGUGUGCCGCCGACUACGCUGCCUGCCUGGGCGAGAACCCCUUC